AUGGUUGUUGUUAAGGUAACCGCCCACGCCCACAAUAGACUUGUGGUCGAUAUAAUGCGUAAUUUGGGGUCUGAAGUUCAAAAACCAGUUGGUAUGGCAGAUGGUUUUGAUAAACAAGGAGAAGCAGUGGAAGGUUUGCAUGACAUUGGUUUUGGAUUUGUUGAAAUUGGUUCCGUGACCCCUAAUCCACAACUUGGAAAUGAAAAAGCUAGAGUUUUUAGGCUUGUAGAAAAUUCAGCAAUUAUAAAUAGGUAUGGAUUUAACAGUGAUGGGCAUGACAAAGUGUAUGAGAGACUACAAUCUUUGAAACAAAAUGAGUCGUUUAGAGUAGUCAUUGGUGUUAAUUUGGGAAAAAAUAAAGACUCGAUAGAUCCAGUUGAUGAUUAUAUUAAAGGUAUUGAAAAAUUUGGACAUGUUGCUGAUUACAUUGUCAUUCAUAUUUCAAGCCCUAACACUCCAGGGCUCCGAGAUUGGUAGAGGAAGGAGCAGCUUGAGGAACUUCUGAGGAAAGUGUUAGUUGCUAGAAACUCAUUAAGUGAUGUGGUCAAACCUCCUCUCCUGCUCAAAUUAGCCCCAGAUUUAAGUUCACAAGAGAAGAAGGAUAUUGUGGAAGUUUUAACAAAACCAGAGUGCCAUGUGGAUGGUCUGAUAAUCUGCAACACCACAGUAGGUCGCUCGCCUGAUCUGUCUGGACCUCAUGCUCAAGAGACAGGUGGCCUCAGUGGACGACCAUUGUCUAACCUCUCUACUCAACUUAUCUCUGAAAUGUACACUGCUACUAAAGGUAAAAUAUCAAUUAUAGGGGUUGGCAGUAUAUUUACUGGAGAAGAUGCAUACAAAAAAUUGGCUGGAGCCAGUCUCAUCCAACUAUACACAGCGUUCACCUAUCAUGGCCCUCCUCGGGUAACACGCAUCAAGAAGGAACUUGAACAUUUACUUCAGUAAGAUACAGUAUUUAGCUAUCAUAUUAUUUAGAGUAAAUUUAUUACAAUUCAGGGUUAA